AUGAUCAAACCGGAGACAGCGAAUUCUACGAUGGCCGAGUGGAAGACAUGGAUCACCGCUACCUUUAUCUGGAUGUACAUUGGUACCCAAGACGCCUGGGCUGUAUUUAUAAUCGUUCUGCACUUCUCCAAAUACUGCAACAUGAAACUGGGAAAACCAAAUGAAAAACCUGAAUUCAACGAAGCGACCUACUUCACCAUGCUGUUUGCCGCUGGGUAUGUUUACACCAGUUAUUAUUUUAGUUAGUACAAUUCGAGCAAUAAUUCCUCAUUCGAAUUAUUUUUGUAAAAGACGUUUUAGAUGGAGCGAAACUGGUCGAACGGCUGGUGAGAACGAUAAUAUUUCUCGCUUAUCAGAACGCUGAUUUUUUUAUACGGUAUAAAAAAUAUGCGAAGGAUAUCAAAAUCUCUCCUACUUCUUUAAAAUAUAAAAUAAGAUAAAGAAGGCGAUUUCAUGAUGAUAUUUCCUCAGAGUUCUCAGAGUGAAAUUCCAAUUAUUUCAUUCGCACAUGCUCAGUAACGCUCAUAGCAAGUAAAACUACUUUCCUCGGGUUAUAGUACAACUUCCCAUAUGAGGAAGUAAAAUUACUAUGAUAUCGUCACGCGUGAUAACCUGCCACUCAACGUGUCAAAUGAAUAUAAACUAUUAAAAGCAUUGUUUACAGACCGCAGAAAAGCUGCGCGUUAUUUAUGCAGUUACACUCUCAGAGUGAUUUUACGAGCCAGCCACAUAGGGAAAUUCCUUCAUUUUCUAAAGGGCUUAGGUUGAAUAUGUAUUAUGGAAAAAGCUGUUAUUUUCGUUAUUUUCGAGCGGUACCGACCCGACUUAAUGGUAUAUAUUUUUUGAAAAGAUAAAAUGUCCUAGGUUAGACUUUGAACUGCAUUCGAAUGAAUGAACGGCUACUCUUGUAAAUCAAAUAUUUUACAACUUUGAAGUUGAUAGAAAUCACUUUAGUUGUACGGGAUUCAGGGAAUAAUGUCAUUUAUGUUGUUACGAUCAGGGACCAUUUAACUGCGCCUAACUGAUAACGACAAGCAAUGAUUUUUAUAGAAUCGCAUAACUGAAUAAAAUCUCGCAUUCUGAUUGGUCAAGUAUUUAGCGUGGAAUUGAGAGUUGAUUUUGUUUCGCAUCUAAGUAAACCUAACAACCAUCGUCAAAGUGUAACAAUGUUUUCUACAAUGUCAUUUUAGAGUGUUUUCAAAACAAUUUUCACCUUUUGAAGAGCCAAAAACAAUCGAAAGCGUUUUUCAAAGCAAAUCAGAGGUUCUUCCCUGUUUUGAAACAAAAUUCAAAUUCUUGGAGAGGCAUAAAAAACCUCUUUCGCUCGCGAGGACGAGAAAGCGAGAAAAUCCUGCUCAGAAAAUGGCAAGCAAAAGUGCAACCAAACAAGACGAAGAAGGGACAACGGAAGAAGUGCCAGGGUCGAUUGUCAUAUAUAUAGAGGAAGAAAUAAAUUAA